GAAUGCCAACGCGGGGAUCGUUAGUCAGUCAGUUGUGUUCCAAAGCGUACACAUUGCCGUAAUUCUUGAUUUAAAUUCCCGUGGUACCGUAAUACAAAACAAACUCCAGACAAAAUGUGUGACGAUGAGGUUGCUGCUUUGGUCGUUGACAAUGGCUCCGGUAUGUGCAAGGCCGGUUUCGCCGGUGAUGACGCACCCCGUGCCGUCUUCCCCUCCAUUGUCGGUCGUCCACGCCACCAGGGUGUGAUGGUCGGUAUGGGUCAGAAGGACUCGUACGUCGGUGAUGAGGCCCAAUCCAAGAGAGGUAUCCUCACCCUGAAGUACCCCAUUGAGCACGGUAUCAUCACCAACUGGGAUGAUAUGGAGAAGAUCUGGCAUCACACCUUCUACAACGAGCUGCGUGUUGCCCCCGAGGAGCACCCCGUUCUGUUGACUGAAGCCCCCCUGAACCCCAAGGCUAACCGUGAGAAGAUGACCCAGAUCAUGUUUGAGACCUUCAACUCGCCAGCCAUGUACGUCGCCAUCCAGGCUGUGCUCUCCCUGUACGCUUCCGGUCGUACCACCGGUAUCGUUCUGGAUUCCGGUGAUGGUGUCUCCCACACCGUCCCCAUCUAUGAAGGUUAUGCCCUGCCCCAUGCCAUCCUCCGUCUGGACUUGGCUGGUCGCGAUUUGACCGACUACCUGAUGAAGAUCCUCACCGAGCGUGGCUACUCUUUCACCACCACCGCUGAGCGUGAAAUCGUUCGUGACAUCAAGGAGAAGCUGUGCUAUGUUGCUCUGGACUUCGAGCAGGAGAUGGCCACCGCUGCUGCCUCCACCUCCCUGGAGAAGUCUUAUGAACUUCCCGACGGUCAGGUGAUCACCAUCGGUAACGAGCGUUUCCGUUGCCCCGAGUCCCUGUUCCAGCCUUCCUUCUUGGGUAUGGAAUCGUGCGGUAUCCAUGAGACCGUCUACAACUCCAUCAUGAAGUGCGACGUGGAUAUCCGUAAGGAUCUGUACGCCAACAUUGUCAUGUCUGGUGGUACCACCAUGUACCCCGGUAUUGCCGAUCGUAUGCAGAAGGAAAUCACCUCCCUGGCCCCAUCCACCAUCAAGAUCAAGAUCAUUGCUCCCCCAGAGCGCAAAUACUCCGUCUGGAUCGGUGGCUCCAUCUUGGCUUCCCUGUCUACCUUCCAGCAGAUGUGGAUCUCCAAGGAGGAAUACGACGAGUCCGGCCCUGGCAUUGUCCACCGCAAGUGCUUCUAAGCAUUUACACCACCCACUCCACCAACACCACCACCUGCGGCAUAGCGAUGCAUGCUUGGCUCUUAGCCUUGUUCUGUAUCUGCUAUGUGUGUGGGUCAUUAAGAACAAGAACAACAACACAACCAUCCAACAACAUCUGAGAUGCUUUUGAAUGUCAUUUAACCAAUGUGUCAUCCCUUGGUUCCAGAUUAUUUUUGUACUGACUGAACACUCUAUCAAAAUGAAAACGAACCCCAUUUAA